GACAUCUCCACAAUUCUAGACUGUCCUUGUCAUUGAUUUUCUUUACUUGCAUUUCAUGCCUCACUGGUACAAUGACAAAUCUUGUAGCAGAGAGAAUAGUUAUCAAAAUUGGCCUAAACUGUUGGUUGGAUCGUUGAAUCCGUGUCCUGAUUCCAAAGCGAUAAUAUGUUUAAGGAAAUUCCCAAAAGUGAAAUUUCAUUUUCAAGAUUUUUAAGGUGUUUGUUCACAAAAAAUUGCAGUAAUUAGGAGGGUAAAAUGGGAAAGAAAAGUGGAAUUAAAAUUUCCAAACCAAACCAUCCUCUGCUGCUAACAUCUCUAUAUAUAUAAACAAAGACCAAUUCUUAUGCACAAAAUCUAUGGGCUCAAAGUUCUUUCCUUUCCCUCAAACUCCGAUCUUUUGCCUCUUGCUUUUGCAAAACUGAAUAUUCCCUUCAAAAUUCCAAUCCCCAAUCUAUUUAGUAUUUGAUACUUUCAGUUUUGAAACUCCCAUUUCAUAGAUAUAUAUACAUUUAGUUGUAGAUAACUGAGAAAGAGAGGGUUACAAAAACUUGGUUCUUUUUUUUUUUUUUUGGUGUCAUUUCCUGCUGGAGAGAAAAAAAAGGAAAAUAGAGAAAGAAAAAAAACAGUUUUUAUCUUUUGACAAAGGGAAGAAAAACCCAGAAACCAAAAAGAUAAUAGAAGAAGAUAUCUUUGUUGUUUAGGGUGUUAAAAAAGUGGGUAUGAGGUUGAACGGGGAAAUUUAUGAUGGAGAAGAUGGGGUGGAAGAGGAGCAAAAGCAUGUUGUUGGGUAUGCCUUGACAUUGAAGAAGAAAAAUAGUUUCUUGAAACCCAAGUUCGAGCGCUUGGCUCGUUCUGUCAAUUAUUGCAUGGCACUUUCUCUUGUUAACCUAUGUCAAAUGUUGUCGAGCAUCCGAUGCAACAAAGGGAUAUUGUUUGUAGCCAUUGAUCUAAACAGGCCACUAUCAGAUCAAGGUCCUUUUGACAUUAUUUUACACAAGUUGUUGGGAAAAGAGUGGUGCGAGAUUAUUCAGGACUACAGACAAACACAUCCAGAAGUAACUGUUCUUGAUCCUCCAGAUGCAAUACAACAUCUACGCAACCGCCAGUCAAUGCUCCAGGAUGUGGUUGAUUUGAACUUGUCGGACUUCUGUGGUAAUUGUGGCAAAGUUGGUGUUCCAAGACAAAUGGUUAUCAAAAAAGAUCCUCUAUCUAUCCCUGAUGAAGUUACUAAAGCUGGGUUGAAAUUGCCCUUAGUUGCUAAACCACUAGUAGUGGAUGGAAGCUCGAAGUCACAUGAGCUGUUUCUUGCAUAUGAUCAGUUCUCUCUGUCUGAACUUGAGCCUCCAUUGGUUCUGCAAGAGUUUGUUAAUCAUGGUGGUGUUCUUUUUAAAAUUUAUGUUGUUGGGGAUGCAAUUAAGGUUGUAAGGCGCUUCUCUCUGCCCAAUGUAAGCAAAUCUAAGCUAGCAAAAGUUGCUGGUGUUUUCCCUUUAACAAGGGUUUCAUCUGCUGCGGCUUCUGAUGAUGAUGCAGAUUUGGACCCUGGAGUUACUGAACUUCCUCCACAACCUUUGCUGGAGAGGCUUGCAAAGGAGCUCCAUCACCGGCUGGGCCUUCGGUUGUUCAAUAUAGAUAUGAUCCGAGAGCAUGGGACAAGAGACAUCUUUUAUGUUAUUGACAUUAAUUACUUUCCUGGUUAUGGAAAAAUGCCGGAUUAUGAGAACAUUUUUACGGACUUUUUACUGAGCUUGGUGCAGAGCAAGUACAGGAAGAGACCUGCUAAUUAGUUGUCGGAUAUCGGAGCAAAUAUUGAUCGUACAGAAUGUUUCAUGCAAGUGUAGCUGAAAGGAUGGGCCAACUGUCAAUCCUGGAACUCGUUUUAACCUCUGUAAUUACCGACUGGUAUCAUAAUGGCCUUGCUCAAUUCAGUAACGUGUAUGGGGAUGGUUUUGGUUACCGUUUUAUAGCCAAUAAGACUUUGUGAGACAUCCUGCUGUUUUAGGAAAUUUCAGCAGAACGUGAGGUACUCUUUUUUUUUUUAACUGAUUCGCCUCUAAAAACAAAACAAAAAUGCAUUUCAAGAUACGUCUAUAAAUCUAAGCUCUGGCCAAUUAGAAUCUCUACAAACCUCACAGAUAUCUCUUAAAUCAGACUAACGUACCCAAAAACUGGCAGGAGAAAACUGCUCAAAUUCUAUUAAUUUAAAAUGCCUACACAUGGCUAGAAAGACGGGUUAAAUU